UAAGGAGAAAUGUGGGACCCCCAUCGGGAAGCUGAGACAAGUGGCUGAUGCCAUGACCGUUGAGAUGCACGCUGGUCUCGCGUCGGAGGGUGGUAGCAAGCUCAAGAUGCUAAUCAGCUACGUUGAUAACCUACCCACUGGUUAUUCCUGUAGUGGAUGUCUUUCUUUGACUGAAGAUUUACUGUGAUAAAGUCGGGUUCCCAGGAGAAUACUGAAGUCGAUCAUCCCUUCAUGCUCACAGAUAAGCAAAUUGCUUGUCCCGUAGAUUUAAUGGAUAGUCUCUAAAGUUUAUCGUUCUAGUUUCCAUGUUCGGUGUGUUCUUUGGGACAUAUACGGUCAGCAAGUGAUCAAGUCUAAUGUGGUGGGGACAAUCGUGCCAAGUGCAUCCCAACUUUCUCAUUUUAUGGAAGUAAAAAAAAAUCAGUUUACUCGGAUAGUAUGCAGAGUUGAAUAUGUAUCUGUAAUUCAUGAUUUAGUGAAGUGAAUCGUGGCCCACGUUGAUUUUCAUCUCCAUAUUGAUUGCAUUGUGAUGGUCUUGGACCGCUAACUAAGCUGAAUAGACAGCCAUAUAUUGAGUCAUCUCUUUCUGCUUUUAGUUCUUUCAAGUUUCGUAUUGGCUAAAUUAGUUAGAGUUGUUUAAAGUACCAAUUGACUAAUGGGCUUUUGCUCUCACGCUUAUAAUAUUUACAUCAAGAAAUUCCCCCUAAAGCAUUAUUUCUGAAUUAGGGAAAAGAAAUAACUCCUGGGAAAAAUAAUCCCACUCUUUGGGAUGCAAUAUCAGUUUUUCUUGUACUCCUGAAUUGAAUUUCAGCUUAGGAUGCCUAUUGCUUACUUUCAUUCUAAUUUUACUAGGGAUGAGAAAGGUCUUUUUUAUGCAUUGGACCUUGGAGGGACAAAUUUUCGUGUUCUACGAGUACUGUUAGGUGGGAAAGGCAAACACAUUAUCAAUCAAGAAUUUGAUGAAGUUGCGAUUCCUCCACAUUUGAUGACGGGGAAUUCAGAAGAAUUAUUUGAUUAUAUAGCUGCAGCUCUUGCAAAAUUUGUUGCUACGGAAGGUGACGGGUUUCAUCCAGCACCUGGUAGACAAAGGGAGCUUGGUUUUACCUUCUCAUUCCCUGUGAGGCAAUUAUCAAUUUCAUCAGGGACAUUGAUAAAAUGGACAAAAGGAUUCAACAUUGAAGAUGUGGUUGGACAAGAUGUGGUCGGAGAAUUGACCAAAGCCAUGGAAAAGAUUGGCCUAGAUAUGCGUGUAGCAGCUCUGGUCAAUGACACAAUUGGAACAUUAGCAGGAGGUAGAUACUGCAAUCAGGAUGUCAUUGCUAGUGUCAUUUUGGGCACUGGAACAAAUGCGGCAUAUGUAGAACGGGCACAUGCUAUCCCUAAGUGGCAUGGCCUUCUUCCUAAAUCCGGAGAGAUGGUUAUCAAUAUGGAGUGGGGUAACUUCCGGUCAUCACACCUUCCUCUAACAGAAUAUGAUGAAGAACUGGAUGUUGAGAGUUUAAACCCUGGAGAACAGAUCUUCGAGAAGAUAAUUUCUGGUAUGUAUUUAGGGGACAUUGUACGCAGGGUUUUGUGCAGGAUGGCUGAAGAAGCUGCCUUUUUUGGUGAUACUGUUCCACCCAAACUGAGAAUUCCUUUCAUACUAAGGACUCCAGACAUGUCUGUGAUGCAUGAUGACACUUCUUCAGAUCUGAGAGUGGUUGGGAGCAAAUUGAAGGAUAUCUUAGAGAUAUCUAAUACAUCCCUGAAAAUGAGAGAAGUUAUUGUGGAGCUUUGUGACAUUGUUGCCACACGUGGGGCCCACCUAUCUGCUGCUGGGAUCUUGGGCAUCCUCAAGAAGUUGGGAAGAGAUGUAAGGGAUGGGAAGAAGCAGAAGUCAGUGAUAGCUCUGGAUGGAGGGUUGUAUGAGCACUACACUAAAUUCAGAAUCUCUAUGGAGAGUACACUCAAGGAGUUGGUGGGAGAGGAAGUUGCCGAGCACAUUGUAUUUGAGCACUCUAACGAUGGAUCUGGGGCUGGAGCUGCCCUCCUUGCUGCCUCUCAUUCCCAAUACCUUGGGGUAGAGGAAUCAUGAAAAAGGUGGAAGUCAAGUUAGAUGGAAGAAGUAUGACAUUUUCAUAUAUAAAUAUAUAUAUUAUAUAUUUUUGUUUCUCCCUUUUGCAAUUUCCUGAUAAUUUGGAGCUUAUCAAAGCUCCUACCAUGCCAAAAAAACCUUAAUUUAUGGUCUUGCAGAGCAUAUGAUAGAAUAGUGAAUCAUAUUUGAAGGGUUCUCUGAUGCUGGUUUCUAUGGUUGGUAACAGCAUAUUUUAAGUUCAUUUGUCCUAAGUUAUCCCGAGUUAUGGAAUAAAAUGGGGGAAUUUUAACUGUUCUUUUUGGAACCA